GCGUGUUGCCGAGGAGAGUCGCCGUUGAUGCCGAGCCGCACAUCCGCGUUUGGGCCGACUCAAAGCGGCUGGAUCUGCCGCACAGUAAGCGGUUUGUGAGCAGUCUGGUUUAUCUGGGGUGUAGGAUUUGGAUCGUUCUUUCGUUGGAACUUUACGCAGGAAAACAGCAGGUGGGGGCCACCUGAGAAACAGUUGGACUGACUGACUCCUUGACCAGUUUCAUAUUCUCCUCUCAACUCCACUUGUUGAUGGAGCUUUGAGGCUAUCGACACCUACAGAAAACGGAUGUAUUUGUGUGUAUAAAUUUAGAUAAAAAGGAGAAGUUUGGACCUGCGGUUUCGUGCCAGAUGAAGGCUAUGUAAUGUCUGGCAACCGAUAAGAGCCAUCGGCAUCAGAUUACAUAGGCAGGCUGCGCCCAGGUAAGCAGCGCUAUGGGGAACCAAGUGGACAGGUUGUCACAUUUAAGUUACGCAGAAGUUCCCACAGUGGACCCAAACGGCGUGGACACGGAUGACGGUCCACGGAUCGGCGUCUCUUACAUAUUUUCUAAUGACGACGACGAUUUGGAGGACGGCUGUGCGGCGGAUGGCACAGAAAGAGACAAGAAUCAGGAAGAGAAACACUACGAUCACCGCGAAGAGGUGGCGUGCGCCGUCUUCAACAGAGAUGAAUGCAUUUACGAGAAGAGCGUAAAGUCUGAAUAUCUGGAGGUCUACUCUCCAGAGAACCUCCUAAACAAAUGCAAAGCCGGUGAUCUGGUGGAGUUUGUCGCCACUGGACAGUACCCGCACUGGGCUGUGUAUGUGGGGGACUUCCAGGUGGUACACCUGCACAGAGCCGAGGUGAAAAACACCUUUCUGACUGAUGCGAGUCAAGGGAGGAGGUGUCGGAUAGUGAACGACUUAUACAAAUUCAAAGCCCUCGGUCCGGACAUGGUGGUGCAAAACGCGAUGGAGCAGGUGGGCUUGAAGGACCGAGAGCUGAGCUGGAGAAACUCCGAGUGUUUUGCAGCCUGGUGCAGGUUUGGCAAGAGGGAGUUCAAAAUGGGUGGGGAGAUACGGAUUGGUAAACAACCUUACAGGCUAAAAAUAUUUAUGUCGGACAAACAGUCGCACGUGUUAGAGUUUCAAAGCUUGGAGGACAUGAUCAUGGAGAAGAGGAGGAACGAUCACCUGGGCAGGACAGCAGUUCUGCAGGAGCUGGCCACUCAUUUCAGAAGCGUGGUGGAGAGUAAAAAUGAGCCCGGAGCUGAAUGAUGUCUGCCUUCUUAUUCUCUUCAAAAUGUGCUUUACAGCUAGAGUAGCCUUUACUUAACAUGAUGUGUUACACUGUCCUUGAUCUAUAGCAAGCCUAAUUUAUUAUAGCCAAUCCAAGCUGUCAUGAUUUAUACUUGAAUUAUAAGGUAUUCAGUUUAUGGAUUUUUGUUCCGUUUUCAUGAGUUUAUAUUAUUAUUGCCUUAAAGAUACAAUUCUCAGCAUCCUCUGCUAAAUUGCCUUAGCAAAUAAGAAUUCAACUGCAUGAGAUAAAUUGAAUUGAUUGAAUCAUUUUCCUCUGGAACAUCCUUACACAUAGAAUAUGUAGUUUUAUGAAAGCUUUAUAAAUCUGAUUCAGAGUUAUGAUUCUAUAAGUAGAGUGAACAUUCCUCUAUUUAUAGCUUGUCUCAUUACUUGAUCCAAUUUAGGUUUAAUUUCAUCUCGGCUCACCCAGACAGCAAACUGUCAGAGCUGUUGGCUGAAUAAAAACAGGAUACGUUCUGCCUCUCGGGGUAAUUUUCACACCAGCACAUGCAAAGAAAAUGUUGUGGACUUUGUGCUACACUUUUUAAAGUCUUUAGGUGUUAAGUGUUCUUUGAGUAAAUAAUAAGUUACUGUGUCUUUUUGAAAAGAGCUGCCUUUAUUUCCAUUGUUAUGUUUUAUUCGAGGCUCUAAGAACCGACAGCAUUGUUCUGUGCUUCACAUUUCAAGGGCUUAUUCUGUUGUCAUAUCAGUGAUUACAAGAAAUUUGUCAUUUCUGAGUUUAAACAGUAAAAAUUUUUUUGCCUUUCCACAUUGAAA